ACCCUACCUGGCAACGAUUAUGGAUUGGGAGCCGCCGCCGGACCCUGAGAAACCUAGUUGUCCGUACGUGGUUGGAUUCAAAAUGGCCGUCACACCCCAUACACCUCCCCCUCCAUUCGGGGGCGCCAACUACAGGCAUCCCGGAGCACGGCCCGCAGACAGCUACGACAAGAUCACAGCCCCUGGCUACACGCAAACCCGCUAUUGCGUCAAGGAUUUGAAGCCGGAUGAGGCCCCAUCGUCUGCUGCUUCCACCAACCCUGAUCCGUGGCUGGUCAUUGAGUCUGUCAUCCGGGGCGGCGACAAGGCCGGCGCCCAGGUUGUGGCAUGCCACUGGGACAACGACCCGAGCAAGACAACGUACCUGGCCAAGAUCUACGACCCGUUGUACUAUGAUUUCGAGGGCGCCGAACACCGCGGCAUAGCCACGGACGUGGUGUGGGACGCCGAACGCGACUACAGCGUCGAGGCCGCGGCCUACGAGGAGCUGAAAGCCUACGAGACGAGGUGGGCCAUCUCAGCAACGACGAUGCUCCAGGACGAGUCGAACAACAUCAAAGGGUGCUACCCGGCCUACUUUGGCUCCUUUGCGUUCAAGCCCCGCGUCGUAGUCGGUGGUCUCGCCUACACACGCACCGUGCCGCUAAUCCUCACUGAGUACCUGCCCGGGCCGUCCAUGGAGCAGAUGAUGGCCGUCAAGCACGUCAAAACGCCUGGUAAACGAGGUUUCGACACGGUCAUAGAAGUCCCCGGUACAGACGACGCGCGCAUCCACGCCUUCACACGCGCUGCCGAGUCGUACCUAAAGUUGGUGAGGGCGGGCGUCGGGCAGGGCGAUUUUGCACCACGCAAUAUUUUCUUGCUUGGGGAUUUACACAGCCCGACUCUCCGCGCCGUCAUCAGCGACUUCAACGUGGCCCGCGUGUUUUCGCGGAUGAGCCCGCCCCGGACACCGCCGAAGAUGGCUGAUCCUGACAGCUUUUGUGCCGCCCCGGGUUGGGAGGCUAGGUUCGAACAUUGGCUUCCGGGUUGGUUUUUUACCGACGAGGAGAGAAGGAACAGUCGGUUGAGAAUUGAGUUCCCGAACGAGGAGGUUUAGGGGGGAUACCCAAUAAGAGACAACGGGAGUUCUUGCGAGGACCGGUUACUCCCUUGUCAUGAUCCCCCCUAAUUUCUCCCCCGUAGGUAGUCGGGAGAGGUAGGAUAUAGUUCCUCUCUAUGCUCCUAAUCCAUGAGGUCCUUACAGGCCCUGGUACGAUGUAUAUAACAUAAUGGUACUGGCAUCACAGCACCACUUGAUGUUCUGUGUACUCCGUCCCAAACAUCCCGUCGCCGGGGGGCGCCCAGGGGAUAGUUAAGAUAUAUUAAGUUCGCGCAACCUCAUGCCAUCUUAUUUAUUUAUUUUCCGCCUGUUGUUUUGGCUCCUUAUUUUUCUUGUUUAUUUGUUCCCCUAUUAUUCAUCUGUUUCGU